UUAAGAAAAUUGGACCUAGUGAUUAUAGAGUUAUUGUUAAAGCUUUGGAUAACUAUCUUGAUGAAGUUACAGCAAGUGGCAAUUCAAGUAUAAAAAAUAUCUUGGAUAAAACUGGUUCAAUAGAAAUUCAAAGAGACGAAUUCCCUUCUAAUAUCAUUUCAUAUCAAAUCCAAGAUUGGGAAGUAUCUUCUCCUCAAGAUAUUAUUCGUCAUAAAGAAGGGACUUGGAUGAAUAUUUUCCUUGAUAGCUUAGAG